GACAUCAUUGCACACACAUCCGACUUCACUUUGGUGUUGAGGAACUCAUCCCGCUUGGUGAUAUCUUCAACUUUGGCAAGCCCAAAGAUGAUGAUAACGAGGAGGCGGUGGUGGAGAGCCCCUGGAGUGGCUCACUGUGGAUGUACAAGAAGAUCGCUGAGCAGGCCGUCGAGAAGGAGUUGGACACGUGGGACUUGGAUGCGUCGUCACCCUCGGUGGACACGAACAUGGGCUCAAGCGACGCGCUAAUGGAAAUAGACUGACUUUACAUUUUUUACUGGAUUUGCGCUAUUAUUCCGCCA